AUGGCGGGAGAGCGAUCGCGGAAGUAUCUUCCACCAUUCUGGGAUGACGAUAAUGCAAUGCAAGGAUACAUGAGUGUUAUUAAGGCGCGAGCUGUGAACCCCAUCGAUCACGACCGGAAGAUGAAAUUCUGGACAGAUUUGAUUGCCUCCUCCUGUGAAGUCGAAGGAAAUGCAAUAAUAAGCGUAGAUGCUCUAAAGAGGAGGUUUCGGCGAGGAGAUCAGGUCCCUGCUAGUCUCAAUGUAGUAGUAGACCAUCUGAACAGAUGUGGUGUCCUUCUGCCACUAUCAAAAUGGAAAGAGCAACAUUCCUCUUGGGUAGAUUGGAGUUUUUCGCAAUUGAGUAAAACAUCUGAGUGGUUAUUUGGAUCAACGAGGGCGGAUGCAGCUGAACGUUACAUUCAUCUUCCUACAAUAAAAGUUCAAGCAGAUUUGCUGAUGGAUUUAUAUUCUAGAGAAUUUCAAUCUGAAGUAGAUGGAACUGGUUAUGUCGUUGCUUACUCCACCUUCUACGACAGCGCCCGAGACAUUGUUCACACAAAAGAAAAUUUUGAUGUUAUACUGGCCCAUCUUUCGGAACGUGGAGACGUUAUCGUCGGACAGGGUCGCAACGGUGAACAAAUUCUCAAGUUUAGAGACACCACAAGUGAUGGUCCUGUGAGAUUCACCGAAGCAGAUGCAAGCGUCCACGACAUUCGAAGAGCUAUGUCAAAGGUGGAAAAGGAGAUCGGCUCUCUUGAGAAGAAGAUACAAAAAUUAGAUAUCGAUUGUCGCACAGCGUUGCGAGGUGGUGAUAAAACGAAAGCAGCGAAUUUACUACGGCAAAAGAAACGUGCGCAAAAAGAUGUCUCCGACAAAGAUGGUCAGUACCAGCGAUUGUUGACAAUGCUUCAGCAACUUGGCUCCACCAAGCAUAACAAAGAAGUGUUGGAUGCAUACAAAGCUGGAACGGCAGCUUUUAAGGCCACUCUAGCACGGCAUGGUCUAACGCCUGACAAGAUUGACCAAACUCUGGAUGAGGUUGCAAACUCAAUAGAAGAUUACCGCGAAAUCGAGGAAGCCAUCAGCAUCCCAAUCGCACCAAAGUUGCACGACGAAGAGGACCUUGAGAAGGAACUGGACGAUUUAAUAUCAAAACAGCAACCGCUUCCAUCUCCACCAGUUGCUACUCCUCGAAAGCAUGUUGCUCCGUCUCUUCCAGAAGUUCCAACAAAUACAGUUGGUUAUUGUGAACUUGACGAAGAUGAAACAGUGAAUCUGGAGAAACGUCUUGAGCGACUGCGAUCAGCCAUGUGA